CUUUCAGAGACUUCCUGCUCUGCAGCAUGGAUCUCUUUCAUUAUACAUUCCUCGCACUUUGGCUUUUGUGUGAUUGCGUGUUGUCAUUGGGAGAGAACCCGCUGAAGCGCUUUGAGUACAAAUACAGCUUCAAGGGACCAUAUUUAUCGCAAAAGGAUGGCAGUGUGCCAUUCUGGCAAUAUGCAGGUCACACGAUUGCAAGUGAAGAGAGUGUUCGGAUAGUGCCGUCCCUCAAGAGCCAGAAAGGUUCUAUUUGGACAAAAGCCAAGACCAAUUUUGAGUGGUGGAGUGUGGAGAUGAUAUUUAGCGUGAAAGGCCGGGGCAGGGUUGGUGCAGAUGGACUGGCAUUUUGGUUCACAGAAACCAAGGGCCUUGCUGGCCCUGUCUUUGGAGCACCUGAUCAGUGGAAAGGUUUGGGGAUCUUCUUUGAUUCCUAUGACAAUGAUGGGAAAAGGGACAAUCCUUACAUCAUGGGAAUGGUCAAUGAUGGAACAAUUCAGUAUGACCACCAGAAUGAUGGAAACCAGCAACAGCUUGGUGGGUGCUUGCGGGACUAUCGAAACCGACCCUACCCUGUCAGAGCCCUGAUAGAAUACUACAACAAUGUCCUCACUGUCAUGUUCCAUGUUGGGGCUACACAGAAUCCCAACCAGUAUGAACUGUGCUUCCGUGCUGAGAAUGUUUAUCUUCCACAAAAUGGAUACUUUGGAGUGUCAGCAGCAACUGGAGGACUGGCAGACGACCAUGAUGUGUACAGAUUUCUCACCCACUCCCUGCGGUCUCCAUCAUCAGAGCAAGUGGACCAACGAAUCACUGAGGAGGAGCAGCAGAAACUGGCCCAGGAAUAUGAGCAGUUCCAGCAACGCCUUGAUGCUCAAAGGAAAGAAUAUCAUGAGAAACAUCCCGAAGCAAAGAAGGAGGAACCAGCUGAAGGGAUGGAGUAUUUGGAGGAUGAUGAGGUGCGAGAGUUGCGGCAAAUCUUCACAGGGCAGAGCCAGAUAUUUGAUGUUCUUCGAGAUCUCCAUCGCAAAAUGGAUGAAAUCAUUGGUCGACAGGAGAGGACGCUCAGUCUUGUCACUCAAGGACAGGUGGGGAUGCCAAGUGGGAGCCAGACAGGGCAGCAGCAACCAAUGAUGAUGGAUUCAAUCAAGCGGCAUGAGGUAGACCAAGUCCUUGCAUCCCAGAGGGACAUAGUCCAGUUGGGCCGAGACAUCAAGGCUUAUGUCACUGAGAUCCACCAGAAGAGCACAAACAUCCUGAGCAACCAGGCCAAGCAGCCCGUGGGACAGGGCAGCGCUCAGCCAGUUGGCUAUGACAUCCAUACAUCCUUGAAUGAAUUGAAGGACAACAUGAAUGUGAUGAAGCGGGAUCUGAGUGCUGCUUCCCAGCGACUGCAGGGCACUGGUGCAACAGGGAAACCUUGCGAUCUCAACAUCAAGUGCUUGUCUACCACUGUGUUCAUCAUAUUCAUUGUUGUAGAACUUGCUAUUCUCAUUGGAUACUGGAUCUAUCGAGACAACAAGGAAGCUCAUGCUAAGAAGUUUUAUUGAGUUGUUUUGAUCUUGUGUCUCAUAUGCUGUGGCAUCCAUGUCAAGGGAGAGGGGAUCUGGCUUCUUCACAAUGCUCUCUGGGAGCAGCGUUGUAAAUUUGGUGAUGGACAUUUGCGCGUGGUCUCCCCUUUUGUUGUUUUCAGGGUUUUUUAAAAAUAAUUUUUGAAAUUUUAAUUUGCUGUGCUAAAGAUUCCCCCCACCCCUGAAUUUCUAGUCCCCUGAUAUGGAAAUUAAAUGCUGUUCAGUGAGGAAACAUGUGGUGGAGGGUUGCCAGAUUUUACAACUUGCAUUUUGGCUGCCCUUGCGAGGUGGCUCGUGAUUUCCUUCCAGAUUUUUUAAAGAGAUAUGGGAAUCUCACAAAUGACCGGUUGAGUGUUGAUGGUCUCACUGUGAUUCUCUUCUCCAUUCCUCAUGGAAUUGUCAGUUUAUCGUUGUUGUUGAUGUUCUUCCCUUGUGUACUUCCACCCCCCUAAAUGGAGGAAAAAGUUCAGAAUACAUUUUAUUUACCAAUCCCCUA